CGGCGCACCCCCAACAGUGAGUGGGAAGCUGGGCGCAACGUCGGUCAAAUCUGAGCCGCGCCUCAAACCCCAUCUCUGUUUGGUCGUGGGUGCCGUAAUAGGCAGGAAGGCUUUCUUUCCAUCUCGCAAUUCCAUCACCAGCUCUUCUCGAAUUGCUCGCUCGGCCCGACGACGCACACGCGCACUCUCCUUUCACCUCCCCCUCUCUCUUUCUCUCUCUCCAUCUCACUCUCGCCAAUACCUGUUCUUGCAAGCCGAUUGGGCCGCCGACUUUCCCUGGCCCGUCCGCGUACCCGGCCAUUUGCCGCCUCCUGCUGGCCCGUCGCCAACCACACCACCGUCACUACCACCACACACCACCUACCCUCUCCCGUUUGCGUCAAGCCAUCGGAAUGGCGACGGCCACUCUUCUCGAGAGCCUCAAGAGCUCGGCCGAGCGCGUGAUCCUCGACCCUCGCUACCACGACGUCCUCGCCGUCGUCAAGGCGGCGCGCAACGGCGCCGUCUACGGGACCAAGGUCCGCUUUCCUCAUGCGCUUGUUAUGAUAUGUCUGUUUCGGUCAGGAACCGUACGGGAAAAGAUUGGGCUCGUAUACCGAGCAACCCGCACGCACGCGCGCAACCUGGCAAAGUUUGCCACAAUAUACAAGCUCACAUGCUUGCUGCUCAAGCAUUAUGGCCCAACCCCGGGCAAGGAGGGGCCCUACGACACCCUCGCCGCCGGCAUGCUCGGGGGCUACCUCGUGUUCGGGGGCCGCUCGCGGCGCACGGGCAAGAUCAGCAGCGUCAACCAGCAGAUCGUCGUCUACGUCUUCGCCCGCGUCGUGCUGGCCCUCGCCCGCCUGGCCGUCAAGCCCGGCUCCGGCCUGCCCCUGGCCUCGGAGCCGGGCCCCUCGGCCCGCAUCAGCCACUACUCGUGGCCCGUCUUCGCCGCCGCCAGCUGGGGCAUGGUCAUGCACCUGUUCCGCUGGCACGCGGCCGAGCUGCAGCCCAGCCUCCGGAGCAGCAUGACGUACAUCUACGCCCAGAGCGACGAGUGGGACGGAAUCCGCAACUUUUUAUGGCAUAACAAAUGACAUGUCUGAUGAUUAAAGACGUCACUUUCUAUUCCCUUUUUUUUUUGCCCCUCCUUCGUUGGUUCUCGCUACAUUUAUGCUGUUCACCAUUUCUCUUGUACCUCCUCAUCGUAAUCUAGACGCGCUCCAUAUAGCAACAACAUGUAACCUUGCCACUCGCG